UGUACGUAUAAAUAAUCGCUGCAAAGUCGGAAGAGAAGAGACGAAGGGAUUCGAAACCCUAGACCAAGACGACGAUGGUGUUCUACUUCAAGGCGCGGCCGGAGGCCGGAGAUUAUACCAUAUUCAUGGGCCUUGACAAGUACGAGAAUGAGGAGCUCAUCAAAUACGGUUUCCCCGAAGACAUUUGGUUCCAUGUGGAUAAGAUGUCUUCGGCCCAUGUGUAUCUGAGAUUAAACAAGGGUCAAACAAUUGAUGAUAUACCGGAAGGUGUAUUGGAAGAUUGUGUGCAACUUGUUAAAGCAAAUUCUAUCCAAGGCAAUAAAGUAAAUAAUGUUGAUGUUGUGUACACUCCUUGGUCAAAUCUGAAGAAGACUCCUUCGAUGGAUGUUGGCCAAGUUGGUUUCUACAACUCAAAAAUGGUUCGCACAACCAGAGUUGAGAAACGCAUAAAUGAGAUAGUUAAUCGCCUGAACAAGACAAAGGUGGAAAGAAAGCCAGAUUUGAAAGCUGAAAGAGAGGCAGUUAAUGCUGCUGAAAGGGCAGAGAGGAAACAACAUCUUCGAGAAAAAAAACGACGGGAAGAAUUAGAGAGACUGGAGAAAGAGAGACAGGCUGAGGUAAGGAGCUACAAGAAUUUGAUGGUAGCUGAGAAGAUGACAUCCAACAAGGACAUUGCAUCUGCCAGCAAGUCCCUGCAAGAACUCGAGGAAGAUUUUAUGUGAAUGCCAAAAGUUCCAACAAUUUGCAGAAAGUAGCAAGUGAUCCAUCAUCUCCCAGUAUUUGCACCGAACAAGAAGUCGUUGAAAGAAGAUCAGGAAUUUACCCGAGAGAACAGGCUGGGAUGGGAUCAGUGCCUAAUUUGGUUGUGCUUCAUUCUUAGCUUAGUGAUAUCUUCAACCUUGAAGCUCUUAUGGUGUUAGCAAAAAAUUAACACAUUUUGAGAGCAAAAAGAGGAGAUUUUUAGCUCACAUAUUGUUGAUAAGCUUUUUCUGUAUGUUCCCUAUUUCAAGAUUUACUGCUGAAAGGAAACCCUUUUGCUUACAA